UGCGCGUCAAUUACGUCGGAACCAGUCGAGACUCGAAUUUCAUUUUAAGGUUAUAAGCAUUAUUUGUACAUACAUCAAUAGUCUCGUGAUUAUGAGAUAAUAGUGUCUUUUGAUAUCUCUAUUGUAUUAUAAUGAUAACUUGUAUGAUCAGUAGUUGUCUCUCUACUCAAAACAUAAAGUUAGAUUGCAAGCCGAUCAGAUUUUUUUCCUUAUUUCUUUUCUGAGGACAAUUUGUGAGUUCUACCAUAACAAUCAACGCAUGCUGGUCGUUCAGUCUCUUAAGUUUUGUUGAAUAUUAGGAGGAAGAAUAAAUGGUUUCGCAACUGUGGUCUAGCAUCCAGCAGCAAGGAAUCUUUGCAUAUUUGCGUGUUUCACUUUGAGAAAGUUUAGUUCACCGCGUCCAAAGAUUUGAAAGCUGUUCCCGUUGUUUGAAUUUUCAAAAGAACAAGCAAAGAAUAUAUCGCAGACAAUGUCAGCAAAAGUAUCAGCUAAACGGAGAAAGUUAGAUGAACAUUCGCAUGUUUCAAUGACACCACCACAGAGUCCAUCCAUGCAGAAUAAUAUUGAAGAUUUGUUUGGCAGAAGUAAAACAGACACGUCAAAGAAUUAUGGAUCUAUGAAUGGUUCUUCCGUAUUGACUUCUGUAAUACAAAAUUCUCAGUCGAAUGUAAAGACAUAUCGUUUGAUAAUACAGAUAGAUAAAAUACGAAGUAAACCAGCUCCGAAAUGUAAAAAGAUACUGCCUCUAGUAACAUUUAACAAUGACACGAAAGAGACAAUAAAAAGCAAAACGAAAAGAGAACCAGUUAAUAAAGAACCUUGUGUUAAGGGUACCUGCAAAUUAAAAAAAUGUAUAUAUCAAUCAAAAAUAGCAUUUCAAUGCGAAGUAUGUGAUAAAUAUUUUUUUGAAAUGAAACCGCUAUCCAAAAGCUAUCCUUGUGCUAAAUGUUCUAUGUCUUUUUCUGAUCUGCAAUCAUUAUGUAUACACAUCAACAAAAUACAUUUUACUUGUGAUAUCUGUCUGAUUGAAUGUAGCUCUCAAAUGAUGAUUGACAAGCAUUCAAAAUUGCAUAUUAAUACCAAUUCGAGACAUCCAUACAAGUGUCACCUGUGUCGUAAAGUAUUUGAUCAGAAAAAUAAUAUUAAGCAGCAUUAUUUGCAAGAACAUGCUAAAAUAAAUCUACAGAACACUGUUAUUCAAGUUACUUCUCCUAUAACUACGAUACUUCCUAAACAAACUGAUUAUUCAUGUACAAACUGCAAUAUUAAUUUCACAAGCGAUCAAGCUUACAGGAAUCACACAUGCUCUAAUGGAAAGAAAGAAAGCAUUACAUGUAACAUUAAAAGCGAGAAGAUGAUAUCUGUACCAAAUCCUUUAACCGGAAGUCAAAUAGGCAUUCUUCAGGCGGUGAAGUUCAGUUGUCGAGUGUGCUCUAAAGAGUUUGACAACGUUAAGGAAGUUGAUUUGCACACAAGGACUCACUUAGAGGUACCUGAGGAAGAUCUUAAAUGUAACAUAUGUAAGAAACUCUUUAAGAACAACACAAUAUUCACUGAGCAUUUAAAACAGCACUUGGAGCGCGCGCAUGUCUGUCCAAUUUGCUCAAAAGCCUUUAUCAAUAAAAUUUCUUUGAACAAUCAUUUGAAGACUCAUACUAAAGUGAUGGAGUAAUACAGUUUCACA